AUGGCGGGGAACGCGCGGCCGCGCAUCCUCGACGAUGAGUUCGACUUCAAUGCCGCCGACCUGUCUAAACAAUUCGAGCAGUUGCUACGCACGAGGAGGUUAAACGAACUCGAGGAACAAGCCAGGACUCCUCGUUCUGCUUCUCCCCAUCUCGCACCUCCUACCUCAUCACACACCGCACACCCUCCGAACUCCGCACCACCGUCCAUUGCUCCCAGUUCUCGCUCGUCGCAACACCAACCACCCACAUAUACCUCGUUUCGCAGUUAUCCUAUCGUGCCGUCUCCUCCCCAAGAUGGCCCGUCGCUCAAGUUCAGAAAUCUCCUCCUGACCUUGUCCAUGACCCCCGUCAAAUAUGAAAACCCCGGCCUUCUAGACGAGGCGUUAACCCACGUCCCAAUUGAUCGAAUAUACGCCGAGGCGGAAGAGGAACAUAAUUUGCUGAAGGCUCUCGCUGCCUCCAAAGGUGAUAAUGUCAAACCAGAAUGGGGUUACCAGGACUGUGUCAUCAGGUCGCUUCUUAGGUGGUUCAAGCGAUCGUUUUUCACAUUCGUAAACAAUCCUGCCUGCACACGAUGUCAUGGUGCUACAAUAGCCCGAGGUCAGACACCCACCACGCCCGACGAAGUGGCCCGUGGAGCUACGAGAACCGAGCUGUACCAGUGUACGAAUCCUGGGUGCCAGGCCUUUGAAAGGUUUCCGCGGUACUCAGAGGUCUGGACCUUGCUUGAGACUCGACGCGGACGGGCUGGAGAGUUCGCCAACUGUUUCAGUAUGUUGUGUCGUGCUGCGGGAGCUCGAGUACGAUGGGUGUGGAAUAGUGAAGACCACGUCUGGACCGAGGUGUAUAGCGAGCAUCAACGGAGAUGGAUCCACGUUGACCCUUGUGAGGAGAUGUGGGAUAACCCCAGGGUAUAUACUGAAGGCUGGAAUCGCAAGAUUGCCUACUGUAUCGCCUUCUCCAAUGAUGGAGCCACCGAUGUCACCCGUCGAUAUGUGCGCAAUUCCCGUUACCACCUUCCUCGAACUCGCUGCUCCGAAGAGGUAUUGCUUUGGAUCAUGCACGAGAUCCGCAAAAUUCGACGGGAGAACAUGGACAAGCAUGUUAGGAACCAGUUGAUGCGCGAAGACGAAAGAGAGGAGCGGGAGCUUCGCAGUUAUGUGGCCCAAUCCUUGGCCAGCGACAUGAUCAACUCAAUACCCGGCCAUGUCAACGGCGAACGACCCGACGAAGUGAAGCAUCCGGUCGACAGACCACAAGAGGUCCAAUGGUCUCAGCAACAGAUGGAUCAGUCAGGCCAACGGUAG